CCGGCAGGCAGCGGGAGCCCUAGCGCAUGGUUGGCGGCUGCGCAGGCAGGGCCUCUCUAGGCCGAGAGGAAGAAAGCAGCGAGACGAGAGGAAGGCGCGGUGGCGUCCAGCCCAGCAGCUUCUGAGGGGUUUGCUGGUGUGCGUGUCUUCGCUGGCCGGAGCAGGACUGCACAGGCCACGCUGGCUGCGCGUGGAGCUGAGGACGCGCACACGGGCGAGAUGCUCCUGGCAAGCGAGAUCGGCGAGCCGCCGGCGGCCCCGUGCUGCACUGAAAGUGGUGAUGAGAGGAAGAAUAUCGAGGAGAAAGGUAACAUAAAUACGGCAGCUCUUUUUGGAAGUGAACAAGUCAUCGAAAGCACAGAUAAUGGUGAUCUCUCUUCCUAUGUGUCUGCAUUCAUAGAAAAGGAAGUUGGAAAUGACCUUAAAUCUUUAAAAAAACUUGACAAACUCAUAGAACAGAUGACAGAAAGUAAAAUGCAGUUAGAAGAACAGGUACUUACAAUUUCAUCAGAAAUCCCUAAAAGAAUUCAAAGUGCCUUAAAAAAUGCAGAGGAAUCAAAGCAAUCCCUUAAUCGCCUUCUGGAGCAAGAAACUCAUCUCUUCACCUCCAUUAACAGCCACUUACUGACUGCACAGCCCUGGAUGGAUGAUCUUGGGACCAUGAUUAAUCAAAUUGAAGAGAUUGAACGGCAUCUCGCUUACCUGAAAUGGAUUUCACAAAUUGAGGAACUAAGUGAUAACAUCCAACAAUAUCUGAUGACCAAUAAUGUACCUGAGGCAGCCUCUACUCUGGUGUCUAUGGCAGAACUUGACAUCAAGCUUCAGGAAUCAUCUUGUACUCAUCUUCUUGGUUUCAUGAGAGCCACUGUUCAAUUCUGGCAUAAAAUUCUCAAGGACAAGCUUACAAGUGAUUUUGAGGAAAUAUUAGCACAGCUUCACUGGCCAUUCAUUGGACCUCCUCAGUCUCAAACUGUUGGCUUAAGUCGACCAGCCAGUGCCCCUGAGAUAUACACUAACCUGGAGACAUUGUUUUGUCAACUUCUCAAACUGCAAACCUCAGAUGAAUUACUUACUGAGCCAAAACAACUCCCAGGAAAGUACUCUCUGCCUGCAUCCUCUUCUGUCAUCCUGCCCAUCCAGAUUAUGCUGACUCCCCUUCAGAAGAGGUUCCAGUAUCACUUCAGAGGGAACCGGCAGACCAAUGUUAUCAGCAAGCCUGAAUGGUACCUGGCUCAGGUACUUAUGUGGAUUGCAAACCACACUCAGUUUCUGGAUGAGAAGAUUCAGCCUGUAUUAGACAAAGUUGGCUCUUCAGUAAAUGCAAGGCUUGAAUUUUCUCGAGGCCUUAUGAUGCUGGUUCUUGAGAAGUUAGCUACUGAUAUUCCUUGCCUGCUCUAUGACGACAAUCUCUUCUGUCAUUUGGUGGAUGAGGUGCUUUUGUUUGAAAGGGAGCUACACAGUGUUCAUGGCUAUCCUACCACUUUUGCUAGUUGUAUGCAUAUUCUAUCAGAGGAAACCUGUUUUCAGAGAUGGUUGACUGUGGAGAGAAAAUUUGCUCUUCAAAAAAUGGACUCAAUGCUUUCAUCAGAAGCUGCCUGGAUAUCCCAGUAUAAGGAUAUCACUGACGUGGAUGAAAUGAAAGUUCCAGACUGUGCAGAAACUUUUAUGACUCUACUCUUGGUUAUAACUGACAGGUAUAAAAAUCUCCCUACAGCUUCCCGAAAGCUGCAGUUCCUGGAGUUACAGAAGGACUUAGUAGAUGAUUUUAGGAUACGAUUAACUCAGGUGAUGAAAGAAGAGACUAGAGCUUCCCUUGGCUUUCGAUACUGUGCAAUUCUUAACGCUGUUAACUACAUCUCAACAGUUCUAGCAGAUUGGGCUGAUAAUGUUUUCUUUCUACAACUUCAGCAGGCAGCACUGGAGGUCUUUGCAGAGAAUAAUACACUCAGUAAAUUGCAGCUAGGACAACUAGCCUCUAUGGAGAGUUCUGUCUUUGAUGACAUGAUUAACCUUUUAGAGCGUUUAAAGCAUGACAUGUUGACGCGUCAAGUAGACCAUGUUUUUAGAGAAGUUAAGGAUGCUGCAAAAUUAUAUAAAAAAGAAAGAUGGUUGUCUUUGCCAUCUCAGUCAGAGCAAGCAGUAAUGUCCCUGUCCAGUUCAGCCUGUCCGUUACUGCUUACUUUACGAGACCGCUUACUUCAGUUGGAGCAGCAGCUUUGUUUCUCCUUAUUUAAAAUUUUCUGGCAGAUGCUUGUAGAGAAACUGGAUAUAUACAUCUACCAAGAAAUCAUUCUUGCUAAUCACUUCAAUGAAGGAGGAGCAGCUCAGUUGCACUUUGAUAUGACUCGGAAUCUUUUCCCUUUGUUUUCCCACUAUUGCAAGAGACCAGAAAAUUAUUUUAAGCACAUAAAAGAAGCUUGUAUCGUCCUGAAUUUGAACAUUGGUUCUGCCCUACUUCUGAAAGAUGUACUGCAAUCAGCUUAUGGGCAACCUCCAGCCACGGCGGCAUUAAAUGAAAUUGGAAUUUACAAACUGGCUCAACAAGAUGUUGAGAUUCUACUUAAUUUGAGAACAAAUUGGCCUAAUACUGGAAAAUAAUACAAGUUUUUCAAGAAGAGCUUUUUGAGAUUUUUUUUUUAACAAAGAGAGAGCCAGUUAGAUUUCAACUUAUGUGAUGAUGUUCUGUAUUGAUGAAACUGGACAACUGAAAACUUCAAAGACUCAUUUAUUAUCUUGGACUUCACGUUAUUAUUAAAAUCCUGACCAUAUAGCUCGAAACCUCUUGUCCCUAAGGAAAAAAAAAAAAAGACAUAAUAUUCAGAAACUAUGAAAACUAAGUAAUUCCAUUUAUAAAUAUAAAUGCUGAUGUGUCUGUCUGUUGAAAAUACAAAAGCAGAGAUAAUAAAUUAUGAUUGACUUUCAAUAUCCUGUGCUAAUUGAGACUGUUGUGGAUAAUCAAACAUAGUGAAUAAAUUUUUUAAAAAAUUACUUU